UAUCUUAUUAUUCAAAAUGUCUUAAUAAUAUUAGUUUAGAAUUUGCUAGAAUUGUUACUCAAGAUUUAGUUCAAGUUGAAAUUAAUAAUAAAUCGUUUGAAUUUAAACGACAAAAAACCAACUAUCCUUAUGCUUUCUCUUCUUCUAUCUCUUCUUAUAAACAAACUUUACUCAAUUAA